AAGCGUUAGGUACGUUACCCAAGUGACAUUGUCUCAUUAACUUUACAUUCAUCUAUUUCACCUUGAAUCUUAUUGUUUGUUUGGGUUUGUUUUAGACAAAACACGUAUUAUCGUACCAUUAACUUGUUCGUGAAAAUUGAAAGCUCUUCGCUGCUUCGGCAGAUUUGGUAUCAAACGGUGUCACCGCCUAGCUACUAGCUAGCUGGAAGUUCGCACGAUUAUAUGGUCACACUUGUUUUAUUUUUCUGCAGUAUAGUUUUGUGUUAAAAAAUAAAAACAAAAGUAAAAUAAUUCCAACAUUUGCUUUGUAACAUUUGUCGAAACAAAUGCUAGCCAACUUUUUAGACCUGUCGCAAAGUUUAAACCUAGCUAUUAGCCUGCUGGUGUUCAGUGAUUGGCUGCCAAUAAGCUAAACGAGAAUGUGUUAGUAUGUUAAGUUGGUCAUUUUAAAGUGUAGUAAACUGCAUAGUAUUUGUUUUGCCGUCAUAUCGAAUAUUAUUUGAGUGCUCACAGCUACGCCCCUUACUUAAAAGCUAGCUGUCCGGUAAUCACUGCAGUGUCGGAGGGGGGUGGAAGGAAGACGGUGAUGGGGAGGAGGGGGGGGGAUCAGGACACCGGCUUCAGCCUGCAUCCUCCAGCCCUGCCUCCUCUCCCUCGGCGUGUGAGCACACGGCAGGCGGGCGUGCACACGCGGCAACAAAGGGACUCACGGUCCAUCUAUGAUAUCAAAUGAAUACAGAAGGCAUUGAGAGAAGUUUCACCUAUUUUGACUUUUGAUUGCAUCUGAAAGGCUGUAAAAGCAUCGCAGAGCAUGGAGCUGGAGCACUUUGACGAGCGGGACAAAGCGCAGAGGUACGCCCGCAGGGGUUCCAGAGGCAACGGGCUCCCCAGCCCCACUCACAGCGCCCACUGCAGCUUGUACAGAACCAGGACAUUGCAAGCGCUGACCUCGGAGAAGAAGGCCAAGAAGGUUCGCUUCUACCGCAACGGGGACCGCUACUUCCAAGGGAUAGUGUACGCCAUUUCUCAGGACAGAUUCAGGUUCAUCGAGGCACUCCUGGCGGACCUCACACGAGCGUUGUCUGACAACGUCAACCUACCCCAAGGUGUUCGGACUAUAUACUCCAUUGAUGGGAUGACGAGGAUCACUAGCAUGGACCAGCUGGUGGAAGGAGAAAGCUACGUUUGUGCCUCCUUUGAGCCCUACAAGAAGGUGGACUACACCAAAAACAUCAACCCCAACUGGUCCGCAGGAGCGAAGAUGGCUGCAUCUUCUCGCGACCCCCCUUCCCUUGGCAGUGCCAGGGCCGGCUCUCCGGAGACUCGGGAGGGCAAAGACUUCAUCAGACCCAAGCUGGUCACCAUCGUCCGCAGCGGAGUGAAGCCUCGCAAGGCCGUGCGUGUCCUGCUGAACAAGAAGACGGCGCAUUCAUUCGAGCAAGUCAUGACGGACAUCACAGACGCCAUUAAGCUGGACAGCGGCGUCGUCAAAAGGCUGUUUACUGUUGAUGGGAAGAUGGUAACAUGCCUUCAAGACUUUUUUGGGGAAGACGACAUAUUCUUUGCUUGUGGUCCUGAGAAGUACCGUUACCAAGAUGACUUCAGUUUGGAUGAAAGUGAAUGCAGGGUGGCCAAGUCUUCAUCUUACGGUCGACUUCCCUCUGUGCAUGGCCGCUGUUCUCCAAGAAGUGGAAUGUCUCGCAGGAGCAAGUCUCCCUCGUCUACUGGCUCUGCUAACGGGACUGCAGGAAGUCAGCUGUCCACCCCUCGGUCUGGAAAAUCUCCUUGUCCCUCUCCGACCAGUCCUGCCAGCCUCAGGAGACGUCAGGGUUCCCAGCACAGCAGCUCUUCCCUCUCUUUAGCCUCCACCAAGGUGUGCAGCUCCAUGGAUGAAGGAGAUGGACCCAGCAGCGAAGCUGAGCCCAUGGAUGAGUCCCCCGUCCCUGCCACCAUUGCAGAGAGGUACAAAGUGGGCCGCACCUUAGGAAGCGGGAACUUUGCUGUGGUGCGAGAGUGUGUUGAGAGAUCCACUGGAAGAGAAUAUGCCCUCAAGAUCAUCAGCAAGGAGAAGUGCAGAGGAAAGGAACACAUGAUCCAGAGUGAGGUGUCCAUCCUCCGGCGUGUCAAACAUCCCAACAUUGUACUGCUGAUUGAAGAAAUGGACACCGGCAAUGAAAUUUAUCUAGUCAUGGAGUUGGUUAAGGGGGGCGACCUCUUUGAUGCGAUCACCUCCUCCAACAAAUACACGGAGAGGGAUGCCAGCUGUAUGCUGUUCAAUCUGGCGAGCGCCAUCAAGUACCUGCACAGUCUCAACAUUGUCCACAGAGACAUCAAACCAGAGAACCUGCUGGUCUACCAGCACCACGAUGGCAGUAAAUUGCUGAAGCUCGGCGACUUUGGCCUGGCGACCGUCGUCAAUGGUUACCUCUACACUGUGUGUGGCACGCCGACCUACGUAGCGCCGGAGAUCAUCGCUGAGAAGGGAUAUGGCCUCAAGGUGGACAUCUGGGCUGCAGGUGUCAUCACUUACAUUCUGCUGUGUGGCUUCCCACCCUUCAGUUGCGGUGAGGACCAGGAGGUUCUGUUGGAACAUAUCUUGAGGAGUGAGCUGGAGUUCCCUUCACCACACUGGGACAAUGUGUCAGACUCAGCCAAGGCUCUCAUCAAUGGGAUGCUUCAGGUGGAUGUGGACCAGAGACUCUCAGCUGCACAGGUUCUGGAGCACCCGUGGGUCAAUUGGUGUGCGGGGUAUUUGCUUGUGCAGGAUGAUGGAGUGUCUGAGAACCAGCAGCAGCUGCCUGUGGCCAUGAGGAUCAAGAAGCACUUCAACACUGGACCCAAGACCAACAGUACAACAGCAGGUGUCAAGGUCAUCACUAAUACUCCGCUUGAUAAGGAGAAGCAAGUUCUCCAGCGACAGCAGCAGCAGCGUCACGAUGCUAAGAUCGCCGCCCACUUCCCGCACGGUGCUAGCUCCUCCUCCUCCCGCGGCACUAACCCCGUCCUGUCGCCUGCCGACUUCACAUCCGAAUCCGAGGACUAUUCCCCGGGUUCAGCCGAAACGGUGCGCUCCCCAAUCUCUCCCUUUUAACUGCAUGCAGGACACCAUCUGCCAACUGGACAGGGUGAGCUAACACACUGGACACUUUAGCGGCCUGUCAUUGUUUUUCAAUUUCAAUUACAGUUAAUCUUCUUCAGAAAUAUGUGUCAUAGUCAUAGCUGCCUGACUUUACAGCUUUAUUUGUGUGCAGGAAUAACUGGACCAUUUUAGUGUUGUGCCGCCCUCUUGUGGUUAACGUUGUACACUACAGGAAGCUGCUCCACAAAGCUUUUUUUAAUGCAUCAUCUCACUUGACUUCAGCAACUGUUAAGCGCUGCAAACGAGGUUGUUCCUUAAACCUUCAAUUAGAUGCACCCAAGAAUGUGCUGCUAUAACAUCAUACAGUCCAAUACCGUUGAAAAAUAUAUUUGUAACUGCUGAUAGUCCAGUUUAAGAGUGGCUUGAUUACAUAUUGGUGUCACUUGUAAGAGCACAUGGAUUGAAGUGCAAUUAGAGGCAUACUGCCCAAAAAAAGCACAGUGUUAAAUUGUUAAAUCGUUGUCCUACUGGAAUAAAUGAAUGAAAGUGGUGAUGAAUGUCAACAAUAAGAAGGAAAUUACGUGAUGACAAAGGUAGUGCAGUGCUUCCAUUAAAAAAUAGGAAUGUUUGUUCAUCCAUGCAUCUUUUUUUUUUAGGUGAAGGUGAGUAAAUGUCAGCCUGUAAACUGCACGUGUGCCAAUAUACUUUUCUAAAGCGAUUACUCCUACUUGUAUCACCUCGAAAAACACUGUCACUUAUUAACGACUUCAGCGCUAUUGUUUUGUACUUGUUCUACACGCGCUAAAGGAAAUGUAACUUCACUUUGUUUUUAAAAGGGCUGACCUGAAAAGGUUCAAUCAAAGAGCACCAACUCUUUUUUUUUUUUUAUGUAUUUGUUUUCUCUGCAAUGUUAACAUAAACAAAGACCAAGAAUGUCAGUUUCAUGUCAAAAAAUCCACAGGCUAUAACAACACAAAGUAAACACUUAUGCGCUCCUUUUUGUUGUUAGAAAAAACAUUUUUAAUUAGAACUAACAAGAAAAUACCUAAAGCACUGCUCUAACAAGCUUAACAGAAGAUGGCGGCACAUAAAAAAAAUAAGAAAAGGAGAGUGUGGUUACUUGGGGGCUGUCCACAUGGAAACGUUUUCACGUCAAAAAGGUAACGUAUCAACAGUGUUCUCGGUGCCCUGAAAUGAUAUUUUUUGAAAAUGGCUUCAAGAGCGGCAAAAUCUGAUAACGCCGACUUGUAUUUUCCAUGUAGACGAGCAAACUGCUUCUUUGUGAAAACGAUGACGUCACCGCCUCGUGACCAGAAGUGACGUGCCAACAAAAUAUCCGAAUACUUCGACUGGCAUGACUCCCCUCAGUUGACAUUCUCCUGAUAUCUUAUGUCUUACAGUAUAUUCCAAAAUAACAUGCAGAAGUUAUUCCACUUUGUCGUCAGUCUAGACAAGCCUUGGAAUACGUUCCUGUCUGGAUGCAGGAUGAUUUACUAAUUCGAAUGUUUUCACCCCGGCAAAAACAAAUCCCAGAAAUGUUUCCGUGUGGACAGGGUCUUAGUUGAUGUCAGCAACUUUGAUACACAUGAUUUUGUUCCUCAGGAGUAAAACACUUUUAUUACAAUUUUUGUUUCAAUUUAAAAACGCAACUGAAAUAUAAAGGAUCAGCAUACAGGCAAAUUAAUAAAUAAUCCUCAAUUUAACAUCAUGGCAUCAAUACAGACUCUACUAUUAAAUGAAUACAUUUUGAAAUGAGUACAACUGAAACAAGUAAAUUCACUCCGAUGUGUGAACAAAUUAAUAUAAUAUAAUAUAAAAAUAUAUAUAAAAGAAAUUCUCAAAUGAAAACCAUAUUAAGCCAUUUUCCUUCAGUAGCUUUUUUCUGCUACAAAAUAUGAUUCUACAGUAUUUGCAUAAUUUUUUGUUGGAAAGCCAACAAACUCUGAUAGUAAGUACCUUCAAAAAGGUGACCAUAGCUGUUGACUGGUCAUGUCUUUAAAACCAUAGUAUUGCUUCCCAGUGCACAGGGUACAGCAUGAAGCUCACAUGUUGGGUUACUGAGACAACCCACAUGUAAAAAGUACCAACAACCCCAAAAAGCAUUGAAAUAAAAAGUGUUCCUUUUACAAAAACACGUCUUUAACAGCGUUACCACAUACACGAACAGAAUUUCACUUCCAUUUUUUUCCUGAUCCUGAUCCUGAUCCAAAACAAUUAUUUCACAUAGGACAAUAAACACAUUGACAGUUACACAAUAAAUGGGAGUUUUCUUUGUCACACAAACACAUUUGAUAGAGAAUGUGCAAAUAAACGCCACAUGGAAAGCAUACAAUCCAAGUUGGCAACAUUAAAUGUCAUUUCUAGUCAAACAUAGAAACAAAAUAAAGUAGUUCCAUCUGCUAUUUUGCAUGUUGUCAUGUUCACACAUGUUAAAGUGACAGCCUGUUUGGAACGCUGCUUUCUAUCGGUGCUUCAUGACAAUUAAAG